UGUUGACAGCAUUGAAGGCUUGAAAGAACUGCCUAAAUCACCAUCAAAAUGGAUCUACAAUGCAUAUUGAAUAAUAAUGAUCACAAGAGAUUCGAGUCAUCUUUUGGGGAGAUGACGCAAUGAAAUACAACAAUGAAAUCGUUAUGUAUCAGAUCUUAAAGAUCACUGGUGGCGUAAUCAAAGAAGCUAAUCCUAUUUAUCGUCGAUCAGGCGACACUGUGAGUAACAAAGAAUUUCAAUUCAGUCGUGGAAGCAUCCUGGAAGUCCUUGGCAUGUUUGAUGUUGCCAACGGUGCUUCUGAUGACAAGAACAAAGUGGUCACAUUCAAACCCAUUGAAAUGAGAGAUGUGUGCAAUGCUCGCGAACCAGUAAUGGUUUCCGGAUGGUUGAAGGAAUAUUUUACAAGCAUAACUACAUCGAACGGGGCCAGCUACAGAUGUGGUAUGAUCUGCACUGACGUUCACAGAAUGACGAUACAUGUAACGACAUUCGUACCCAAAGCUGAACUGUUGGAAGGGAUGAAAAUUAAUGUCAAAGGGACAAUUGACCGUCGAGGAGAUGCAUUCGUUCUCAACGCAACAUCUAUGGAUCAAAUUACAGCUGUUCCUUCCGCUCCAAGAAUGAGCGAGGAUGGCAUGGAUGACGCUGUUGAGUCACCUCCCUUAACUUCCAAUAGAGAUGCCGAUGGAUAUCCUCCAAACGGAAACGACAAGAAACAAAAAGUCGAGUAGCCUGAAGACGUCCUAUUUUCCAUCCACAUUGUAUUCUUUUAUUAUCAACCAUUAUGUUUUAUACAAUGUCCAUUAAGAAAUGGUAGAAUGUUGAAAAUUAGAGCAGAUAAUAAGUCACAUUUCAUUCCUAAUUCGCUUCUCAUUCCGUAGGACGGAUGUUCUUUAUAUUUUAAUUAUUUUUCGUGGCAACAGAACUGUUAAAUUUAAGUCUUAGAUAUAUCUGUAUCUAAUUUUUCAUCAAAUAUAUUACCAAAUGUUGAUAUUUUUAAAC